AUGGCGCUCUCCUGCAUGAGGUGCCCGGCGGCCGCCGCCGUCGUGCGCCGGGCGGCCAGUCCGCCGCCGGCGUCUUCCGUCGCCUUCUCCUUCGCCAGAUGCGCUGGCGGCGGGAGAUCGGCCGCCGCCGCCGCUGGGUGGCGCAUCGACGCCGUCGCCGGGAAGGGAGUGAAAAGUCCCAUGGAUACUGCCGUGGAGAACACUGCCCCGCCAAAGGUGGAAAACGGCACCCCUUCAGCAAUCAAUGUCGAGGAAUUCGAAGAUCUAGCCGCUCUAUCGAGAGACGACGAGGCUUCUGUUAGCAUCACUGUGGUUGGAGCAUCUGGUGACCUCGCGAAGAAGAAGAUAUUCCCUGCCCUUUUUGCUCUCUACUACGAGGAUUGUCUUCCAAAGCAUUUCUCCAUCUUCGGCUAUGCACGGAGCAAAAUGACGGAUGCUGAACUGAGAGACAUGGUUAGCAAAACACUGACUUGCAGGAUAGAUAAAAGGGAGAACUGUAGUGAGAAAAUGGAAGAGUUUCUGAAGCGAUGCUUCUACCAUUCAGGCCAGUAUGAUUCAGAGGCAGAUUUCAUGGAGCUUGGCAAGAAGAUUAAAGAACAUGAGGGUCCCAGAGUCUCUAACCGUCUCUUCUACUUGUCAAUACCGCCAAAUAUAUUCCUGGAUGUUGUAAAAUGUGCAAGCAGAUCAGCAUCGUCUGAGAAUGGCUGGACAAGGGUAAUUGUUGAAAAACCCUUUGGCCGGGACUCAGAGUCUUCUGCUGCACUAACGAGAGGUCUGAAGCAGUAUCUGGUAGAGGACCAAAUCUUCAGGAUUGACCAUUACUUGGGAAAGGAACUUGUGGAGAAUUUAUCUGUCCUCCGCUUCUCGAAUCUUGUUUUUGAGCCUCUGUGGUCAAGGCAAUAUAUAAGAAAUGUGCAGCUGAUAUUCUCAGAAGACUUUGGCACUGAAGGGCGAGGAGGGUACUUUGAUAGCUAUGGUAUUAUCCGAGACAUUAUGCAGAAUCAUCUUCUUCAGAUACUAGCUCUAUUUGCAAUGGAAACUCCUAUUAGCUUGGAAGCAGAGGACAUACGGAAUGAGAAGGUUAAAGUUUUGCGCUCCAUGAAGCCCUUGCAACUGGAAGAUGUGGUUGUAGGACAGUAUAAAAGUCAUACAAAGGGAGGUAUCACAUACCCUGGAUACACUGAUGAUAAGACGGUGCCCAAGGGCAGUCUGGCUCCAACAUUUGCUGCAGCUGCACUUUUUAUCAAUAACGCUAGAUGGGACGGAGUUCCUUUUCUCAUGAAGGCUGGGAAAGCUUUGCAUACUAAACAGGCUGAGAUUAGAGUUCAGUUCCGACAUGUUCCUGGAAAUCUCUACAAGGGGGCUUUUGGAACCGAUCUUGACAGGGCUACUAAUGAGCUUGUGAUACGUGUGCAACCGGAUGAAGCUAUUUACCUAAAAAUUAACAACAAGAUUCCUGGUCUUGGUAUGAGAUUGGAUAGAAGUAACUUGAAUCUUCACUAUGCAGCAAGGUACUCGAAGGAGAUACCGGAUGCUUAUGAGAGGCUCUUGCUCGAUGCCAUAGAAGGCGAGCGAAGACUCUUCAUCCGUUCUGACGAGUUGGAUGCCGCAUGGGAGCUCUUCACACCCCUUCUGAAGGAACUGGAACAGAAGCGGACUGCGCCCGAGCUAUACCCUUACGGAAGCCGUGGACCAGUAGGCGCUCACUACCUUGCCGCAAAGUACAACGUCAGAUGGGGCGAUUUGAGCUCGGAGGACUAGAAGCGUACUUACACAGAUGAUUCUAAUUUUUCGCGGUGAUUUUGCUGUUGCAUUUCUGCAAAGGCAUGCACACCCCCAGUUAGUGGGGCUGAUGCAAGAAACAGAUGAGAAUAAGGUGAGCAGUUGGUUGGCUUGGCUGUGAUGCUUCUGUGUCGGUUCACCAUGAAUACAUUUGUUGGGAAGGUUGGAAAA